UGUAUAUCAGCACGAACAUUUAGAGGUAGAAGAAGGAAAAAACAAUAAGAAAAUGGCGGACAAGGAAGUGUUCAUUGCUUCACUUGACCAAGGAACUACCAGCACUAGGUUCAUGAUCUACGAUCGCUCGGCUCAUGUUAUCGGAUCGCACCAGGUCGAGUUCACUCAGUUUUACCCAAAAGCAGGAUGGGUGGAGCAUGAUCCAACAGAGAUCUUGGAGAGCGUUAGGGUGUGUAUUGCGAAGGCGCUGGACAAGGCGACGGCUAAUGGAUUCAAUGUGGAUAAAGGAUUGAAGGGUAUUGGUCUGACCAAUCAGAGAGAGACGACUCUGGUUUGGAGCAAAUCAACUGGUCUUCCUCUCUACAACGCCAUUGUUUGGAUGGAUGCUCGUUCCAGUUCUGUUUGCAGAAAAUUGGAGCAGGAUUUGCCUGGUGGUAGAAUCCAUUUUGUGCAAACUUGUGGUUUGCCCAUAAGUACAUACUUCAGUGCCACUAAACUCUUAUGGUUAAUGGAGAAUGUGGGUGCGGUCAAGGAGGCUAUAAAGAAAGGAGAUGCUCUGUUUGGAACUGUAGACACCUGGUUGAUAUGGAACUUAACAGGGGGGUUGAAUGGUGGGUUGCAUCUCACUGAUGUUUCAAAUGCAUCAAGGACAAUGCUCAUGAAUCUCAAAACCCUUAACUGGGAUGAACCAACAUUGAAAACCCUUUCUAUUCCAGCAGAAAUCCUCCCUAAAAUUGUAAGUAACUCUGAAGUCAUAGGAAAAGUCUCUACUGGAUGGCCAAUCGCCGGUAUCCCAAUUUCUGGAUGUCUAGGAGAUCAACAUGCUGCAAUGCUUGGACAAGCUUGCCUUAAUGGUGAGGCUAAAUGCACUUAUGGCACAGGUGCUUUCAUACUCAAAAAUACUGGCCAAAAUAUAGUUCGAUCAAAGCAUGGUCUUCUUACCACCUUAGCCUUCAAGCUUGGUCCCAAAGCUCAAACAAACUAUGCUCUGGAAGGAUCAAUAGCUAUUGCUGGAGCUGCAGUGCAGUGGCUCAGAGACAGUCUUGGAGUAAUUAAGAGUGCUAAUGAGGUAGAGGAAUUAGCAUCAAUGGUUGACUCCACAGGGGGGCUCUACUUUGUUCCGGCUUUUAAUGGCCUGUUUGCUCCAUGGUGGCGUGAUGAUGCUCGUGGGGUUUGUAUUGGGAUUACAAGAUUUACAAACAAAGCUCACAUUGCUAGAGCUGUGCUUGAGAGCAUGUGUUUCCAAGUGAACGAUGUUUUAGAUUCAAUGAACAAGGAUUCAAGUGAGGAAAAAAUGAAGGAGUUUUUGCUGAGGGCUGAUGGUGGGGCAGCUGUUAACAAUCUUUUGAUGCAGACUCAGGCAGACUUGUUGGGAAGUGCUGUGGUUAGACCAGCUGAUAUAGAGACAACAGCACUAGGUGCAGCAUAUGCUGCGGGAUUAGCCGUUGGUGUAUGGACAGAAGAUGAGAUUUUUGCUUCAGAUGAGAAGCGAAGGAGAUCCACGAUUUUUAUACCCAAGUUAGAUGAAGAACUGAGGAAGAAGAAGGCAGAGUCUUGGUGUAAAGCUGUUUCUAGAACUUUUGAUUUGGCUGAUCUAUAUUGAUGAUUAUAAUCAACUAUCUAUUCUAUAUAGUCCCUAUCUUUGUAGCUUAUUUUCUUAUCUUUUUCUUCAUCAGCCUAUUACCCUCACAAGUCAGAUCUAGACUGUUAUGAUUCUCUUAAUCUUUGUGAAUAACUGCAGCAACUAGCUGGCAUUGAAACUAAAAGAAAAUGUUC